AUGGAUCCACGGCAGUAUCUGAAGAGCUAUGGCUGGAUCGAGGGAGAGGCUUUUCGGAAGGGGGCUUUGAAGAAGCCGAUUCUUGUCAAGCACAAGAAGAAUGCGUACGGAAUUGGCCACGGGAGCUCUCAGGCGGAGGCCUGGUGGGAAAAGAUGUUUGACGGGCAGCUCAAGUCUCUGGAUGUGAGCAGCGACAACGGCAGCGUGACGUUUGCACAGGACGAGGAGUCCAUCAGGCAGUUCAACAAGAGUCAGUCGCAGCUUUACAGAAUGUUUGUGAAGGGUGGAGUGCUUGAAGGAAGCAUCAAAGGGGAGCAGCAGAAGCAGCAGAAAGAGGAGCAGGACGGCCAGCUGAUGAUCUUUGAUUUGGGGGAGAAGAAAAAGAAGGGCAAGAAAGGAAAGUCAAAGAAGAAGGAAAAGAAGGAAAAGAAAGGUAAGAAAGAAAAGUCCAUCAAGUCAAAGGAUAAAUCUAAGAAGUCUAAAACCAAGGCCAAAUCCAAAGACAAGAUCUCGUCAGGAAAGAUCAAGAAAUAA